AUGCUACUUGAUUUCACCUCUGAAGAAUGGGGUAAACUCAAACGCUGGAUAACUCAAGAACUCAUUGAGCAAGAACCCGAGAUUGCCUCUCAAUUAGUAGAUUUUGUCCUGGAAGUGCUAAAGAGCGAGCCCGACACUGGCAAUGGGAUCGAUACUGCUCACGGCCGCAACCAUUGGGUCUUGUCGCAGCUAUCAGGAAUUUUAAACAGCCCGACCCUAUUUGUUGAGCAGUUGCCAUCGAAAGUUCGAGACAUCAAGGCCGCAAGGGAUGCAGGUCAAAGUUCCGCGCCAACUUCUUCCGUCAUCGUGGAGCAUGUUCCCAUUCGGUCUCUCAAUGAGAAAGAAAUUCGCUCAAGUUUCGAGCCCUAUGGUGCCCUUCAUUCCUGUAAAGCAAAUAUGCAGAACCGGCAAGUGGUGAUAGACUUUCAGAAUGCAUCCUGUGCAAUCCGUAGCACCAAAGCCGCGACGGUUUUCUUCAACAACAGGUUUGUCACAGUGCAGCUUUAUCGCGGGAAAGCAGAUGCUUUUGAAGGCUUGCAGCUCAUAGCUCCGCUAACCAGUAAUUUAUCCCAAGCUGCAAAAAAUUCCUCGUCUAGCGCGUCUUUAUCAACAUCCCCUCCGGAGAUCGAAGUUAACAGACAUAUUCAAGAAGCGCAAACCGUCCAGCAAGCAACAUUUGAGCAAAACCAGCGGACAAGAGAAAAUUUUAAGAACAACCUAAAUGAACGCUUUGACUCCAAGGAAACGCUGUUACGAAGUCAGCAAUCAAUGCUCCAAGAAUUGCGACGCAAAGUAGCAGAGCUUCCAGAAGAUGACAAUGAUGGCUACUUAGAGCAAUUGUCCUCGGAGUUCAGAGAGCUUCGGAACAGUAUGCAGAAGAUGGGCAUUGCACCCGAUAUCAUGCUAGAAAUCAAAGUGCAAAAGCUCAACAUGGAUCACCCUAGUGAAUUAGUGAUUGAAGAUGCCCGAGCAACAGCUCUUAAGAAAAAGAGGGCCAAGAAAUCGGCUUUACUAAAGAAGAAAGUCAAACGGAAAAGGUAA